AUGUCACCAAACACUCAACAACUAGAAGGUAUUCAUGAUUUUCGUUUCGGAACCACUAAAAGCGAUGAAGAGAUCGUUUACGGUUCAAAUUAUAAUUUUACUUUAGAUAUCGAAAAACUUUUGUUAAACCCAAUGACGAGAGAAAGGGCAAAACAUAUUAAGAAGACAGGAAUUAAUAGACCACCACGUCCUCAAAAUAGUUUUAUUCUAUAUCGUAGAAACAAAACAGCACAACUUGCCCUUGUCGGGCUAAAAUCUGCUGAGAAAUCAAAGAUCAUUAGCCAAAUGUGGAAAAACGAACCAGAAGAUGUUAAAGAAGUGUUUUCUGCACUUUCUAGGAUGGCUGAAGUAAAUAUCAGGAUCCUUAUAAUUACGUUAAUGUAA